CAUGCGGGAGAAAAACACUUGAAGUGAGCGGCAAGUCGCAACAGGUGCUCUUUUCUGGAUUUGUUUCAAUUAUUUGUGGGAUGACAUGCUGCAAGUAAGAAAGUAAAAACGGCUUAGCUUUUUGUUCGUUGUUGUUUUCUAAAUGAUGAUCAACGACACCAUAGCGUUGGACACGAACGGUUCGGAGCCGGCUUUCUCCCUGGGUCACAACCACAGCGCGUUCCCCGCGCUGAAACUCGAAUCCCGGUCACUGGUCACCUCGGCCACCAUGUUCGCUGUGGGCGUCCUGGGGAACGUGAUCGCCAUCGUGGUGCUGUGCGUCUCCAAGAAGGAGCAGAAAGAGACCACCUUCUACACGCUGGUGUGCGGUAUGGCCAUCACGGACCUUCUAGGGACGUGCUUCACCAGCCCGGUGGUGAUUGCCACCUACGUGGCAAGCCGGUGGCCCGGUGGAACGCUUCUGUGUCACUUCUUCUCCUUCUCCAUGCUCUUCUUUGGCUCGGCCGGCAUGUCCAUCCUGUGCGCCAUGGCCGUGGAGAGAUACCUGGCCAUAAAUCACGCCUACUUCUACUCGCAGCACAUAGACAGGACCAUGGCGCGCUUCGCCCUCCUCACAGUCUACCUGGCCAACAUGGUCCUGUGCGUCAUGCCCAGUUUCGGCUUCGGUCAGCAUGUUACACACUUCCCGGGAACUUGGUGCUUCCUAGACUGGAGGGCGAUGGAUCCACUGGGUGCCUGCUAUUCCUUCCUCUACGGCGGGGUGAUGCUGCUGCUCAUCGCCGUCACGGUGCUGUGCAACCUGGCCGUGUGCAAGUCUCUGGUGGGCAUGAGCCAAAGGACCGGGAUCGUCAGGGCCGAGGUGUGCGAGCAGGGCGGCUCAAGAAGACGCUUCCCCCGGCUGCAGUCGGUGUCCUCGGCAGCGGAGAUCCAAAUGUUCUGGCUGCUCGUUUUCAUGACUAGCGUUUUCCUGGUGUGCUCCAUUCCUCUCGUGGUGCGAAUCUUUGUGAAUCAGAUUUAUGACCCUGCUUAUAUAUCCGCCGGAGGAAAGCCUGACUACCGAAGCGAUCUGCUGGCCAUUCGCUUCGCCUCCUUCAACCCCAUUUUGGACCCGUGGGUGUACAUCCUGUGCCGAAAGAACCUGCUUCUGAAGGGCUGCCAGAAGCUGAAGCUAGCAAUGACUCGUGUGAAAGAGAGCAGCGGAGACCACAUGGGCUGGGUGGGGCAGGACUCCCCUCCAUCUUUCAACACACACGACACUAGCUACGCAUCCAUACGCCGGAAAGACGUGGGGCGGCAAGUGGCUGCCGAGGACACGCCAUCAUUCACCAACUUCGCCAUGAGACACGCGUGGGACUACGACACAGCUCGGGUCAAUUUCCACCCGUUCAGCGUGGAAGCGAGCGCUGUGCCCGAAGGCGAACAUGAAACAGAGGAGGAUGCAAAACAGCAGCAGGGGGACUCAGUGAAGGCCUCACCGGGACAGCCUGCUUCUACGCAUGUCAGGACAGGCGAGAUGGUCACGUGCAUGUUUAGCACCCCGAGCUCCUGUCAGUCAGAGAAAUGUCUCUAAUGCAAUGUUUCCUGACUUUUACUGAGCCAAAGCAUAUAUUUUAUAUUUGAAAAAUGUCAUGGCAGGCACAGAACAUCAGAUGAAAGACCAACAUUUUAAAGCUUAAAAUUAAUAAUUAAACUUGCUGAACAUAGGUUUGGGGAAUAAAGUAUGGUAAAAGAUGAUUAUUUAUAAAUACGUAUUAUAUAAAUUUUUCAUAAUGGCAUGUUAAUUAUGAAUAAUUUUGACAACUUCACAGAUAAACAUGAGAGCAGAAAACUACCAAGAAAACACUUUAAUUCCAUUCCAGUACACGAAGGGGCUCUUCUAUCGUUCAGGGUUAGUCUCACUCGGAAAUCUGGACAAUGUGAAAAAUGUGGGUUAGAAAAAAACUGCUGCCAAUUUCCAAUUAAGGAAAUGUGUACAAAUAAUCAUUUUUAUACCCAAUGGGUACAAACUAAAGUUAACGUACUGUAUCAAUUUAUUGUGACUCAUUUGUGUAUUAACACAAUGCAUGAUGGUGUCAAGAUGUACUUUUAAAACAUGCUGCAAAUCUUCUCUGUGCCAUAGAAAGGUGAUACAGGGAGGGACAACUGAAUGUAUACAAUUGGUCAAAGUCUUGUUACCUUUGGUUUUAUGCAACUUGCAGUGUUUUGAUAAAUUCUAAAAGAAAAAAAACGUACUUUUACGACGUGGUGCUUGUUGAACGUGUGCGAAGAAUUAAAACAACACUGACCAGCGUACGGACGCUUCUCAGCCUGUCUUGAUGUUCCCGUUCA